AGCCGACACGCAGCAGCAGGCGCCGUGCUUAGCAGUUUCUACGCUGAGCUGUGGAGCUAAAGCAAAGAUUUCUUCCCGAUUUCUGUUUAACUAGCAAGCUGAGUGGAACCAGCCGAAGGGGACAAUGAGAUAAAGUCACCAGGAAGAUGCGUGAAGCCCGCAUGCGGGGAGAAGGGAGUGAAGCUGCCGUGGAAACGAGGUAACCGCUCGCUCUGUGAGUCUGCCGCCGGCAUGGACGAGCACGCCCUGCUGGGCCUCAACCCGAACGCCGAUGCCAGCCACCGGCAGCGGGCGCUGGCUUAUUUUGAGCAGCUGAAGGAGUCCCAGGAUGCGUGGCAGGUAUGCGCAGAGGCCCUGGUCAAGGAGCUCUACAGCGAUGACCAUGUGAAAUUCUUCUGCUUCCAAGUUCUGGAACAUCAAAUCAAGUUCAGACAUGCAGGUCUCAGUGCAGUUCAGCAGCAGCUGAUCAGAGAAACCCUGAUGAAAUGGCUCCAGUCACAGCUGAUGAGUGCCCAGCCAGAGAAGGUCUUCAUUCGCAACAAGGCAGCGCAGGUGUUUGCCCUGGCCUUCGUGACAGAGUACCUCACCCAGUGGCCCAAGUUCUUCUUCGACAUCCUGUCCCUGAUCGGGCUGAACCCGCGUGGCGUCGACCUCUACCUGCGCACCCUCAUGGCCAUCGACGCAGAGGUGGUGGACCGGGACAUCCUGCACUCCUCUGAGGAGACCCGGAGGAACACCGUGAUAAAGGACACCAUGCGUGAGCAAUGCAUCCCAGCUCUGGUGGAGUCCUGGUACCAGAUCCUGCAGGCCUACCAGCAGACCCACUCUGAGCUCACCUGCCAGUGUCUGGAGGUGGUGGGCACCUACGUGUCCUGGAUCGACCUCAGCCUCAUUGCCAACGACAGGUUUGUGAACCUGCUCCUGAGUCACAUGUCAGUGGAGGUCCUGAGAGAGGAGGCCUGCGACUGCCUAUUUGAAAUCGUCAAUAAGGGCAUGGACCCCGUUGACAAGACCAAGUUGGUGGAGUCUCUGUGCCAGGUGUUGCAGUCUACGGGCUUCUUCAACAUAGAGCAGGAGGAGGACGUGGACUUCCUGGCCAAGUUCUCCAAGCUGGUGAACGGCAUGGGCCAGGCUCUGGUGGUGAGCUGGACCAAGCUGGUGAAGGUGGGCAACCUGGAGGGUGCCCAGGACACGCUGCGGGCGGUGGAGGCCAAAGUGCCCCUCACUCUGCAGCUGCUGGCCCACGAGGACGAUGACAUUUCCGCCAACGUCGUGGGCUUCUGCUACGACUACCUGCACGUCCUCAAACAGCUUCCACUUCUUACAGACCAGCAGAAAGCCAAUGUUGAGGCAAUCAUGCUGGCUGUCAUGAAAAAGCUAACAUAUGAUGACGAAUACAACUUUGAAAAUGAGGGAGAGGAUGAGGCCAUGUUUGUGGAGUACAGGAAGCAGCUAAAGCUGUUAUUGGACCGUCUGGCUCAGGUGUCUCCAGAGCUGCUCCUGGAGACUGUCCGCCGGGUUUUCACCAGCACCAUGCAAAGCUGGCAGACGGCCUCUUUCAUGGAGGUGGAGGUGGCGAUCCGCUUGGUGUACAUGCUGGGGGAAGCGCUGCCGGCCUCCCAGGGAGCGCACUUCUCCGGGGACGUGGCCAAGGCCAGUGCCCUGCAGGACAUGAUGAGGACGCUGGUGACCUGUGGGGUCAGCGGGUACCACCACAUCUCGGUGACGCUGGAGUUCUUCGAGACGGUGGUGCGCUACGACAAGUUCUUCAUUGUGGAACCCCAGCACAUUCCCAGCGUCCUGAUGGCGUUUCUGGACCACCGGGGCCUCAGGCACGGCAGUCCUAAGGUGCGCAGCAGGGUGGCCUACCUCUUCUCCAGAUUUGUCAAAACUCUGCAUAAACACAUGAAUGCCUUUAUUGAAGACAUCCUGAACAGGAUACAGGACCUCCUGGAACUCUCGCCCCCUGUGCCUGAGAACGGUUACCCGGCGCUGCUGACCAGCGAUGACCAGCUGUUUGUGUUCGAGACGGCGGGCGUGCUGAUCGUCAACAGCGAGUUCCCAGCAGAGAGGAAGCAGGCGCUGAUGCGCAACCUGCUGUCGCCGCUGAUGGAGCGCUUCCAGCUGCUGCUGGGGAAGCUGCUGCAGGAGCAGGACGAGGAGCGGCAGGCCGCGCUGGCCGACUGCCUCAGCCACGCCGUGGGCUUUGCCAGCCGCACCAGCAAGGCCUUCAGCAACAAGCAGACCGUGAAGCAGUGUGGCUGCUCAGAGGUGUACCGCGACUGCCUGGAGACCUUCGUGCCGGCGCUGAGCUGCCCCAUCCAGAAGGGGGCGCUGCGGAGCGGCGUGCGCACCUUCCUGCACCGCAUGAUCAUCUGCCUGGAGGAAGAGGUGCUGCCCUUCAUCCCUGCCGCCUCUGAGCACAUGCUGAAGGACUGCGAGGCCAAGGACCUGCAGGAGUUCAUCCCGCUCAUCAACCAGAUCACUGCCAAGUUCAAGGCCCAGGUGUCUCCGUUCCUGCAGCAGGUGUUCAUGCCUCUGGUCCAGGCCAUCUUUGAGGUGCUGUCGCGGCCGGCCGAGGAGAACGACCAGACGGCCGCCCUGGAGAAACAGAUGCUGCGCAGGAGCUACUUUGCCUUCAUCCAGGCCAUGGCCAGCAGCGGCAUGAACGAGGUCAUGGCCAAUCAGGGGGUGGAGAAUAUCGAGCGUGUGCUGUUCACCAUCAUACAGGGAGCGGUGGACAUCCCCGACCCGGUCGCUCAGAAGACCUGCUUCAUCAUCCUCUCCAAGCUGGUGGAGCUCUGGGGGGGUAAAGAUGGUUUGGUUGGAUUCCCUGACUUCAUCUACAAACACAUUGUGCCAGCAUGCUUUCUGGCUCCUUUGAAGCCAACCUUUGACUUAUCGGAUGCCCAGACUGUCUUGACCUUAUCUGAGGUUGCUCUCACAUUGAAGAUGAUUCAUGUCAAGAGGGGGCAAGAGUUCAUUCAAUAUCUGCAACAGGAUUACUUGCCCUCUGUGCAAGUCACUCCUGAUAUCAUACAGGAGCUGUGUCAAGUGCUUCAACAACCAGAUUCAAAGGUUCUUAAAAAUUACAUAAAGGCAUUCUUUCAGCAAGCCAAACUGUAAAACUGGAAGUUCGUGGAACGAGGAGAAAAGGACACCGGGAUGAGAUGAGCGGUUGUCAGUGCCAUUUAAAGAAAGGCUUAGCAUAGGAGCUGCUUUUGCACUUAAAAAUUUGUGUAAGAAAGCCUGCCCUGACCUUGUGGGAGAACCAUGCUCACGGGAACGAAUGGGGCCACUCCUCAAGGCCCUGUAUGCCCUGCAAAUGUGUCCAAUCAGAGGGAGGAGACCCACGUGGGCCUGAAACCCUGGGCACUCACAUUGGGGCAGGACUUCUGUGAUUGGUCACCCAUUUGGUGAGACAGAAUAUGAACUGUGGAUUAUGGAGGAAGGGAGAGGAAACUAAGUAAAAGUGUUUUUUUUUUUUUUUUUUUUGUUUGUUUUAUUGUUUUUGUCCGAAGCUGUUACCUAAUGCGGGGGAUUACGAGGUAUUUGUGAGAUACUGCUUUAUUUGUUUGGAGAAAAAAGAUUCCUCUUGAAUGAUUAAAGCUUUCAUUUUUAUUUUUGGUAGGAACGGUGGAUAUUUUCAGAUGAAAUAAUGGUAGAUCUAAAGAUGGCUUUCAAAAAUUACAUCACAGAUUUGUCUUAUAAGGGAAGAAGCCAGUUUUGGGGCAUUCUUUUUAUUUAACAGUUAUAUUGAUUUAAUAUUGUGAAGUGAACAGUUUUGUUAAAUUUCACAUGGACACCAGGGGAAUCUGCCUACAGCUGUGGAAAAGCUGCGCCUCCAUUUGUAACUGCCCCCUGGAUCAUAUGCAUGGCCUUAACACCAAAAUACAAGUGGCAUUUCUGUCCCCUCACAAAUGGUCAUUAGUAAUUGAGUCAAUUUUUGAAAUCUGUUUUUGCCUAA